CAAUACAUCGCAGCCGUGAAGGCAACUAGUGGAUAACUAUGAGAGUUAACAAGGCACGAAACUACACGUUGCUCCUCCUUCAUUACUUGCUGACCCAAACGGAAGCGCAAAUCCAAGCCUUUUCUUGGAAAAAGACAGGUCCAGGGAAGCGCAUCACCACAACCGGUGCAGUCCUGCUCACAUUCCAUCAUUACCCGGUUGUGCUCUGUUCCGUGAGAUGCUCCGAGGUUCCCGAAUGCCUCUCCUUUAAUUAUGGAGGUCCCUCUUAUACGUGUGAACUGCUCAACACAACGCCCAUUACGUCAGGACUUUCAUCUGCGUCAGAACAGAGUGGCUGGGACAUUUUUACUUACGCUAUGCCAAAAAAGUGUCCCCAAGGUGGUGUUCCGGUAAUUUAUGACAUUCCCCGAAACCAACUAGGACCAACUGUCGAGGGAUACACCUGUAGCGCAAAUGCCUGGAUUCUGCAACAGCUUCAGAUGGGAAAGACAGGCUGUCGUAUGGUUUUGUAUGAGGGGAAGGACGCCGGGCAGAACGAUGCUCCUAACUACAUGGCAGUCUCCAAUCCUUACCAUGAAGCUUUCCGAAACUGCUUCAGCAAUGGUUGCGCGGCUGUAGUCUGCAAUGGACCCAUGAAUUUAUGCUGGCUGAAAAUAAAAACAGUAGAUGAAACGGGACAAAUUUUGGUGAGCAACAGCGACAGAAAUUACUGGAAAACUGUAUGUCAGUAAAAGCCACAGCAGACUUCCCGAGUUGAGGAGGCAGUUAACUUGCAAUACCAUUCUGUUGCUUUGCAGAUAUAAUUUCUUCGAAGUGAGGCGCAAUUUGAUAAUCAUAUACACGUAAAUCAAUACUUAGAAAUAAUUACCUAGUAUAUUUGAACACUUUAAAAGUCCAGUAAUAUAACGUUGAUGACUAACUUAUUCGAAGAUGAUUUUUGAUACUUUCUCUGUGCAGAAAUAUGAAUUAAUCUUGUGCACUGCGAUAUUUAUGAAAGUGAAACGUGCACAGGACACCCAGCCAGCACUACAACUUCAAACCAUUUCGAAGUACUAAUAAUGGCCUGUGGAACAUCACUCCUUUUACUUGCCGCUUUUCACUCUUCACCUGUUCGGUGUAAAGAUAUAUUAUAAGUAUAUAAUUAUAUUUCUGACAAUAUUUAACUGAGACAUUUGCUAGUGUCAGGUUUUGUGUUAUAAAUUUUGAUUCCGAAAAUCCAUAAAUAGUUGUAAUAUGAGCAGCCAUAAGUCAUAUAGUAGGUGCGAGUAUCAAAAGUGGUUAUGGUUUUUAACCAUUUUGUAUCCUUUCUUCCUUUCUUCCUUUACCUUCUUUACUUCCAUUUUCAUCUCUCUGGAGGAGACCUGCAGAUGAGAAUACAGAACCUGCAGUUACCAAUAACUGUCACUGACAUCAUCGUUUGAGGGAAAACUCUUUUCCAUGAAAACUGAAUUUAACAGCAUUUGCUAUAAUGGACAGCAUCUCCCUUGCUUUUACUGGUUCAAAUUUAUUUUCUAUUGAAAUAGUUAUAUUUUAGUUCCAAUACUGACUUUCAGGUUUGACCCUUGAACUGAAUCAGAAAAAUAUUAAAGUUAUUUCCCCCCAAAAAAUCAAUGUUGACUGUGGCUUUGGUUUAUAAACUGCAAUUGUUGGUGUCACUACUUCCUUGAUAAACACUUAUAAAGACUUCAACUGGCCAAGUGAAUAUGAAAUUUUUCAUAAAUAAAAUUCUAAAUAAAUGCCACUUAAAUGCAUGAUAAUUGUAAAAGUAAAAGUCUGCUUCACAACACCUUUGAGUAGCCACAAUAUUCAACAAGACAUCGAUAGAUAUACUUUCUCAAUUCACUUAGAUUUAGCAAUUCAGCAAAUAAAUCCAUGCAAGUCAGAGCAUAAGUAUUUUACCAGAAAUUAUGUUAAAAAAAAAUCCAAAAAGAUCAACGCAAAUAUUAUUGUAAGAAGUUUGCAAACAAUGAACUAGAGAAGUAAUUAUAAAAUUAGAGCAAGCAUCCAAUUUUUAUUUAUUUAUGUCAGAAAACUGAGAAAGAACACACGACGAAAGAUGAAAUCCCCAUUAUAAUCUCUGGUGAGGUUACUUUUGGAGUUUGGUCUCUCUGCUGGACUGUCCGAUGACCACCUGUUUAGAGUCUGUUCGUUAGCAGAACCACAUACUCAUUCAGUCACUAUGGAAACCUUUACACUUAUUAACACUGGUGAAAAAUUAGUCCAAUACAAGGUACAGAAAAAUGAGCGAAUCAGCUUAAAUGACUCUGUAAAUGCUUUCUUCGGUUAUGUACUUGUGAUGAAUGUUUUUGGGGGAGAAGCUAGUCCAAAGUGACAGAUCAGAGGUCCAGGCCGGAGGUACUUAUUAGUCUCAUUUUCAUAUUGUUAAAUUAUAUUUGUAAUUUCCUAUUACUGAAGUGCACCCAGUUUGAUCUUAAUACUUCACUCAUAUUUCGUGGUUUCACAGCUUCUUAAAUGCCUGCUUGCUGGUGGUAACUUUCAUACUGAAAAAUAACAAAAGUGACGAAUGCACUAGCAGACAAGUCUACAUAGCUUGGCCCUUGAUGAUCAAAGGAUUAGAUAUUAGCUUUUAGACUGUUAAACUCUUUAUAGCCAGCUGAAUAAUUGGGGCAUCUUUUUUCAUAUCGAUUAUUGUAACUAUUCUAUAAAAGCUUAUCUUGAAUUUUACCUACAAAGAUCAAAGGUCAGGGUCACAGAACUGGUUAUACUCUAAAGGUCAUUUAUGAUUUCAUGAGCCAAUUACACUCUUCGCAAUGUGGACUUAUGAUAAUCAACAAAAUCUGAAAAGAGACAAAACUUUGUGGUAAAGCCCAACCUGAACAUUCAAUAUUUUAACAACUAACAGUAAUUCUGUAUUACUUCUGCCCUAACUAAACUAAUCAGUACUAAUUAUCACAGAUUAUUCAAUUCUGAAGUCUAGAAAGAUAGC